UGGGGGGCCUCACCGCUCAGGCUGCCAGCUGGACAGGGAAUGUGACCGCCCAGCUGCGGGUGACAGGCAUGGGGCUGCCCGAGAAGCUUCAGAAGGCACUGAGCUCACCCAAGUCCCUGGGGCAUCAUGAAGAGUGGAGAUGAGCCGGACACAGAGCAGGGCAAGGCAGGAAUGGAACUGGAUGGCGAGAUGGAAUUGCGCCGAUGUUCUGCGUGGAGCCUCUCCCGUGACCCCAGCACUGCCCAGGAGGAGAAGGUGCUGGAACAGGGGCAACAGAUGAUGGAUGCUGCUGAGGGGUCACCUGGGGGCACCUCCCCUCCACCUCACAAUGACCCAGAAGAACCAGACAGUGCCUGUCAGGAGGAACCUGGGCCUGCCGCUGAAGCCUUAGAGAGCUCAGACCAUCUCUCCCAGCUGGAGUCACGCACCACCCUCUCAGGCAUGGGCAGCACUGUGUGGACCAUGGGGUGUCACAUCAGCCACUGGAGACUGGCACACCAGCAGGGUUACCACGUGGACCAGCUGACACAGAAUGAAUCUUACAAGCACCGGCUGAGGAAACAUGAGCAGGAUUGCAAAGCAGCUGUGCCCCUGCCCCUCCUGGGGCUGAUGGAGGAGGAGGUGCUGGCGACCUUAACAGAGACCCUGAAAGAUUACCGGCGGCAUCUGGGAGCAAGGCACCCACUCACUCACCAGAUGGAGCAGCGCAUAGAGCAACUGAGGCAGCAGCUGGGCGCCAGGAGCCCUGGGUCAGGAGGGGUUGUUCAGACGGUCCACACCCCAUGAGCCCCCAAACUCCCCUGCAUCCCACCCCGUCACCCCCAAUUCCUGACCUUGGCACUUCACUCUUUCACACCAAUGCCUGACCUCUGACUAUCCUAAUGCAUGGCCCCAUCUCUCUCCCAAGCACCUGACCGCCCCUCACCCCAUCCCAGAAUGAGAUUUGGAACUUUGUAGACAAAAUUAAAAUGGAUCUCUCCUUUGCUCGGACCCAUUGCCUCCUGGAGAGCAGAACGAGGGGGGCUGUGCUGUAGGGAGCGGGCUUGGAAUUCAGGAGGGGACACUCCCCGGCAGCCAGUGCUAACCCCAAUGCUGUAGGACAGCUCUAGGGAGUCGAGGGAGUCGUUGUAUGGAGGGAGGUGUUUGGUAAGGGAUGUUCUCCUUGGACCGCGGUCCCUAUAUAAAUAACCCCACCCCAGAGGUAGCUGCAUCCUAGGCUCCUUCCCCUGGCUCUGUUAUGAACAGGGUCAAGUCCACACACAUACAUACAUGGGGGCUGCAUGGGAGCUAGAGAGCUGGGAUACUAGGGAGGGGGAAAGCAGGUCCAGUUGUCAGGGGGGUAAGGGGACACUGUGGGUCAGGACUGAGGGGCACUAGCAGAGCUGAGGCAAGGAGACUGGGUCAGGAUUGAGGGGCAUUAACAGCUGUGGGGGAAGGGCUAGGACAGUGGAGCGGAAGCUGCAGGUGCUAGGCCAUUCCCUAGCACCCACUCUGCUAUGUUUGCAAGGUGUUUUUUAAAUCCUCAGUCCCCUCCACACACCCCCACCUAGACACCAAAACUCUGCCACCUGUUGGCCUUAGGUGAGAAGGGCAACCUCACUCCCCCAGCUCCCUGUACCAGAUAGGGCUUCCCCCAAAUCAGACACAACAGACAAAGGCUUUCAAGUUGUGCCAGGGGCAUAAGGGUUGCAAUGGGCCUGCUAGUGAGUGGGGACGAAGGGCUGUGAGCAGCCCCUAAGCCUGUGGGGAACCCUGGCGCUCUCUUUUCUCGUAUUCGUGUUCCAUUGUAAAGCCCUCUGCAGAGGCUAGAAUUUGCUCAGAUUUUAGGAGUCCCCUGUGAACUGAGUUUGUUGCUUCUUGGCUUGGUCUCCUCUACCUUCCUUAUCCCAUAAAC